CUUUGGUGCCGACUUUGUCUUCAUCUUGCGGCUUGCCCCAUCCGACCCCGUAUUGCCCAUCAAGCUCUUUUCAACACGCCCACUAACUGGUAUCGUUGAGAUAUCCUCCAUGUGACUAACAAGGGCCAUCCCAGCUCACUUAACGUUUACCAGCUUUCUUGAUCCAGUAAAGGGUUCGGUAUUGACCUUGUAAGAAAGCUCGGGUUCGGACCAAGGACCCUCCGACGUACUUUCCAUUCGACUCAAGAUGCAGGAAAGACUAAAUUAUGCAUAGACUCAAAAUCGAUGGCCGGGUAUGCAUACCACAGAAGGCCUGCUUCUUAGUGUACCAGACAAAAAUCCCAGAUCACAGGAAAAUAUCGAUCCUCCCAACCCAAUCUUUCACUCCCGAUCACAGCUUUACCACGUUUCCAGCCCUAUGUUACCUAUGACGUGUCGUCCGAACAUUCUAUACAAUGUACCUCUACCUCCUACCUCAUCCAGACAUCGGAAAACUUCCCUACUGGUCUUUGCAUGACUUGGCCAUCCUGCCAGAGCCUCUUCUUCCACGUGUCUUCCGAACUCCAUCACACCCUCUUCUCGCAAUCAUCCGAGUAUUCUGACACAACGGGUAUUCCGGCCUGCAUGCAUGAUAUCCGAAUCCCAGAGCUAUGGGCUGUAGGGUUGGAUCAAAGUGGGUUGCAUAUGUACAUGUAUGUACCUGUACUUGACUCCACUCUUACCCACUCUCGCCUGCUUGGAUGCAUGGAGCGGAGGUUGGUACGCCUUAGAUGCAGACUCCAUUCAAUCAGCUGUACUCCUUCUUUUCAUUGCCCUGUCCCUGAAUCGACUCCGUCUGAGUUCAUCAUGACUUCAGAGACUAUUCCGACAUUUUUUGAUACAUCUCUUGAAUGUGUAUCACUGGAUAGAGUAUCCGUUUGAAGUUUGAAAAUUCCUGGUACUUCUUGUCACAUAUCAUUGCACGUAGCUACGAUGUUUGUGACUCCUUGUUCUAAGUUUGCGGUGCAUAUAUUGGGCGAUACUGCUCGAUCAGCUCACAAAACAGUGCUCUGACUGCUUAAACAAGAUUCAACCAACCCCUAUUCCGCAAAGAAUGCAUGAUAUUGAACCUCAAGUACACGGAUGUAUCUCCAAUCUUGACGGAACAAGCGUAACCUUUUUCUACACCCCCUCAGUCAUCACCAUAUCAACACUUUACACAAUCUAAUGUGCUCUAUGCAUGUGAACAAGCACUACUUAUAUAAUAUCCCACCCACAUCUCAACCCCGACUCCGGACCCCUACACCCACACACGCUCCCGUUACA